AUGAUACUGGCUAAUGAACCUGUCGAAUUGGAUAAUAAACUGGCAGAAUGGUUGCCAGGAACAGGAACAUGGAGAAUAUGUUGGCGAGGCACCGAACAUGGUUGGGCAGCUCCGACAUUUCAUGAGAAAUGCAACGAGAAAAAACCAAGUUUAGUGAUCGUUAAAGUUGUGACGGGUGGUAAAAAUUUGAUCUUUGGUGGCUAUUGUACCGAAACAUGGGCUGGAAGUAAGUUUGAAUGUAUUGCCAUAUCUAUUAUUAUUAUUACAUAACAAUAUAUGCGUUACUCUUAUUCUUAUUGUGACUACGAGUUAAAGUAAGUUAUUGCAAUCUGUCUUUUAGUUUUUAAUUGUUUGCAACUCAACAAAACUUGUUGAUCAGCUGUGAAUGGUAUGGGUCAAAGCAUAUUUUCGCGUUUUUAGUCCUAAAGAAGCCGGGGAGAUCGCUUCCGGGUGUGUGUAUGUGUGUGUGUGUCUGUGUGUGGUGUGGGGUGGGGGGAGGGAUUAACACCCCCAAUAAUUUUUAAGUUCAAAGCGGUGGUCAAAAUACGAAGUAUUUGGUUAAAAUAGUUGGUUACUUUUUAAACGAAAUUAGAAAAGAUAAAAGUGCGAAUGUAUCAAAAACCAAAUUACGUAUUGAGCAAAAUAGUAAUCUAUUCUAACUGCCCUCAUGCUCCCAUUGGCUUACAGGUAGAUAGUUUGGGAAAUGCGAGCCCGUAAGCCGAGGAGCGAGGGAGUAAACGUUCCUUGGGGAGAGGUCCGGUGGGGAAAAGCGCUAAAACAGAAUCAGUGGCACAAUAUUGCUGCUUCCUACCUAUAUAUACACACAUGUAUACACAACUAUGUCUUUCCGACUAACAUACACGGGCGCCGCGUUUAACAAACUGACCCUGAACUAUUGAGAUCCCCUUGUUUUAUAGCCAAUGUUAAGCAUGAUUGCACUUCGUAUAGUAAUCUAUUCUAACCAGGGGCGUAGGAAGCGGGGGGGCAAGGGGGGCACGUGCCCCCCCAAAUUUUUUUAAAGGACUAAAAGUGCCCUUUUUUGUGAUAAAAAGUGCCCUUUUUGUGUUGAAAAGUGCCCUUUUUUGUGAGGAAAAGUGCCCCUUUUGUAGAAGCUAAUGUCGCUGUAAAUACUAAAUUAAAACAAUAGGUGCCGUUUUUGUGUGGAAAUUUACAAAUUUUUUUUAAAAAUUAGGUCACAAACAUAAAUUUCGGUAUGAUACGACGGAAAAUUUUCCUCAGGAGAAAUUUCUCCCCCCCCCCCUUUUUAGGUGCCCUUUCCGAUAGUAAUGUGCCCCUACAAGCCGGUGCCCCACCAAACUCCAGGUGCUUCCUACGCCCCUGGUCACGGUCAUAUCAGGGAAUCAAUGCUAAUUAACUAACCAACCCUAGGCCUCCCUUGUAGUUGGGAAAAUGUCGACUGCUUCACAUUGGGAGUUCUACGCAAUGACUGUAUUAAUUUCUUAUUUUCUCAUAAAAUUAAAAUUACAAUUAAAAGUAUAUUGUACUUUCAUGAUGUAUAUGGCUUGGUCUUAAUUAAACUGAAGGUUUUGUAAUUCCUGCACCUGGAAAAUAUGUGAAUAUAUCUUACAUGCAUGGGCGGUGGAACCCGAAAGGCUUGGAGGACUCCCUCUCCGCCUCCCAUGCACUGGAAAAGUAGAAUAAACGGGGUUAAACCCCUCCGCCGGGUAUGAGGUUUAUUAGAUAUUAAUUCCUUAUUAAAAUGAGUGGCUGGAACACCACAUCAUUAUAAACCAAUUACUGUGGGCCUUUGUUUGAGCGCGGUUUGUAUAAGUUAUUUUGAGGCAACGAGGGGAUAUGUGAUUUAAUGGGGAUAUGUGAGGUCGCGUUAACGAGUCGAAUAGAAAUAAUUCUUAAUGCCAUAUUGCCUUCGUUAUGUUGUUUUUUCUCUUUUUUUGUGCUGCAAAGACAUUGCAGGUGAAUAUAAGAGGGGAUUAUUAAAUGGAAAUUAAUUAGAGGGGAAUAUUGAAUAUAUUCCCCGAUAAGAACAAAGGAAACCGAGCAGGGUGAAAAAUAAGUUUGUGUAUUCCUAACCAAGGAUCUUUUGUCGAACCGUCGAGAGGUAUAAUUAUUUCACUUCCAAACGAUCAUGAGAGACUGAGUGUUGAAAGAACUUGGGUUUUGGUCAAAUGUAAAGACUUUCCAUGGUUGGAUUUCGCAACAUGCAGCCGCAAUCUGAAUCAGGGAGGACAAUAUGAUACCAUCCCAAUAUACAUUUUUCUCUUUCAGACGAGGCUGUCGUGAAAUCCAACAAAAGCUUGCCGGCCAAAGUUUCAUUUUUAGUCGGUGCAUGGUUGGAUGUCGCAACAUGCAGCUGCAAUCUGAAUCAGUUGCGUG